AUGCCUUUUUCGAAAAAAGAUAAGGUUGAUUAUAAAGCUAGGUUGGAAUAUAAGCUUUAUUUAGCACGAGAAGACCCUGAUGUAACAUUUGAUUUGUCUGACUGUGAUUUAAAAAAUGUGCCUAAAGGAAUCUAUUCAAUCUGUAAAGUACUCAGAAAAGAAACUUUAAUUUUGAAGAACAAUAACUUGACUUCUUUAUCUGGAGGAGGUAAUUUAGGAGAAUUGAACCUGCUAAAAACUCUUGAUAUUCGGUCAAACAAUUUGUCCUUUCUCCCAGAAAGCAUAUCUUUUCUUGAAAACUUGAAGGAGUUGUAUUUAAAUAAUAAUCUUAUCAAGUAUUUGCCUGAAGGUAUUCUCAAGCUAAAAAACCUCAGGAUUUUAAGUGUGCCUUUCAAUAAACUUAAGCGCUUACCAUCAAAUAUUGAGGAACUCAAUGUUUUAGAAGAAUUAUAUCUUCAAGGAAAUCCAGCUUUAUGUAUUUUACCCAAUACGUUAUCAUUCUGUUCGCAUUUAUCAAAGCUUGUUCUUGAUAUUGGUAGAUAUACUCACCCGCCUGAUGAUGUUGUACAUCAAGGGACUGUGGCAAUUCUAACUUUCCUAGGUGCAAAAAUUGGAUAUGAAUAUAAAGGAAUUCAGUGUCCUAUAUCCAACGAUAUGCUGGAAAGGAAUGAAUCUGUCAAAAGCAAUGUAACAUUUGAUCAGCAGCUCCAGGCGAGGAUUGCCGAGUUGGAGAAAAAGAAGGAAAUAAAACAAAAGGAAUGCUUGGCAUUAGAGAAAGAUUUAGCUGAACAAAAAAAUAAAGAACUGCAGUUACAGAAUGAACUGAAAAAGGAUAAAAACAAGCUUGUUGAAGACUUAAAGAAACAACAAAUGAAAAUUGCAGAAGAAGUUUUGAAGUUUCAAAAUAAGAAAGAAGCAGAAAGAGAAAAGUUGAUAGAACAUAUAAAACAAGCUGAAUCGGAGGCUGAUAAUGUGAUUGCCAAGAUGUUGGAUAUGAAUCAUGCCUAUAGAGAACCUUGGUCUAUUUUUCAACAGCAAGAGAUUGAUAGAGCUUCUGAGCGUCUCAUCUUUCAGCAGAAUUUAAAUGGAGAUCUCAAGAAAAAGGAAAUAUUGAGUGACAUGGAAAAUCUUCUGAAAAAUGAGCGGUCAAAAUUGUUGGAUUAUGAAGAAGCUAAAGCACAAACUAUUAAAGAUUCUUUAAUCAGAGAAGCAGAGUGGGAUAGCAAAGUUUCUCAGUUACUUGCUGCUCAAGAAAGACCAUUAGCAUGGGAUACAUCAGAGCAAGAAGCAGCUGUUGCAAUGCUUUUAGAACGUUCUGAUCUUGAAUCAGGUCGCCUCAGAGCACAGCUAGGCAUUAUUGAAAGGCAGUUGAAAUAUCUCACAGCAGCAGAAAUGAAAAAAGCUCGAAUGGACACUAGUCAAAUAACUAACGAAUUGUCUGAAAAGCGUGCUCAGCUGUCAGAGCUGCUAAUGGACGUACUCGAACAACGAGAAGCAAGGAAAAGCCAACUAUUAGACAUGCUGCGUAGAAUGGAAGCUGUUGCUCAUGGGGAAGAGGACUAUUGGCUAGUACAAUAUCAAAAACUUCUUGAAUCGCAGGCUGUGUUGGAUCCAGAUCUUGUGAGAUUGAUUGUCCUCGCAGGGCUACAUAAACAUCUUCCAUUACUCAUGAACCUUGACUUGAAUGAGUUAACUUUCGACCAACUUAAGAAGGGUGGUGUUGAGGUUGAAGAGGAAGCUCAUGCUAUUUUAAAGGCUGUCAGGUCUUAUCUAUCAGAUCUGAUAGUGCCUUCAGCACCCUUUGAAGAGAUCCCUUCAGCUCCUAGUCCUACUACUACUGAGUAUGAGUCCGAGUGUGUUGUUUGUAUGGCAGCUCAGUGCCGAGUUGUGUAUGUACCUUGUGGCCAUCUCUGCUGUUGCCAACCUUGUUCACAGCAAAUAAGGCAAUGCCCGCUUUGCAGAAGGGAUAUUGAGUCCAAAAUUCAUAUUAUACCCUCAUAG